CUAUUUAGUAUUUAAUUUAUUAUUUGUGAAAGUUCAUUUCAUUCAUAAGAAAUUAAUGUAAAUACUUAAAAUUGUUAUAGUAAUUGUUAUAAUAUACAAAGUAUAUUUUAAAUAAAUAUGACUGUUUUAUACUAAAAAAAUAGCUAGCAAUUGUUAGAAUAGUUUAAAUGGUAAACAAAAAUGUCAAGUAAUAAUUUUUGGAACAAUGUCGAUAAUUCCUCCUCAAAUUAUCAACAACAAUCAAAUGAAAAUUCUCAGCAAAAUGACGAAUGGAGCUGGGGAGGAUCUGAUGAUUGGGGAUAUGUAGAUCAAACAAAAAAUAGUAAAAUUUACAAUACACAACAGAAUGUUGACUUGUAUGGUAGUGGUAACUAUCAUUCUAGUUCACCUAGUAAUCAACAUUUAAGUAGUAAUUCUGGAACAUCUCAACCUACAAUUUUAAAUAAUUCUGAACAAAGUUAUGAUAACGGAAUAGAAAAUGGUCAUAAUUUUACAAAUCCUAAUACUAAUUGGUAUAGAAACUCAGAAAACCUAUCUAAUUCAGUUCAAAGUACAAUAACAAAUAACUCAUAUCUACAAAAUGAAAGCAUUGGCCAUAAAAAAAUUAAUAAUGUCACAGAAAAUGAAGGAAAUUUUUGGACAGAUGUAGAAAAUAGUGAAAUAUUACCACCAGAGUCAUUUCAAAAUGAUUCACUGCAAAAUGCAAUGAAUAAUUUGCAAAUAAGUAAUGAGGUCAGAAGUUCUAAAAUAAAAGAAAAUUCAAGUAAAGAUCUAAGAAAUAAUUAUACUCUAGAAAAUGAUAGACCACCAGCUGGAUUACAUAGAUUGGUUACUGGUCAAACAAAAUCAUUUGAAGAUUGCUGUAACUCAGAAAAUAAAGACAUUGAAUCUUAUGGUCCUCAACCUUUUGAUGUUCGUACAGUACCAGGACAAUUGAGUGAUGAAGAUAUUCCUGUACAGCGACAUGUAACUGGUUCUCAUCUUGAAGCUAGAUCUGUAGAUAAUAAUUCUAAUGCACAAAACAUAGAUAGUAACUCUGUUACUUCAAAUAGACUUCCUUCUAUAGAGCAGUUUCAGAAUCAGUUUGAAGGUCAUUCUAGACAAGUCUUACAUAGAGAUUUUGAGGAUUUUGUAAGUCAACCGACUAAUGAUCAAAAAAUUGAUGAUUCAACAAAAACAGACAUAGAUAACAGUUUUAGUUCAUUCAGAAGUGAGUCUUGUUUUGAAUUAACAGAACCUCUUACAGUUGUAAAGAAAAAUAGGCCUAGAGACUCAGAGGUUUUUGAAAGGACAGGACCAGAUGGGUAUAUGAAUGAAUCAAGUCCCUAUAUUAGAUCAACAGUUCAACAAAAUCAGAAGAAACUAGUCAUAGAUUCUCAAGAAAAUAAUUUAAAAUUAUCAAAUUCAAUACACCAUGAUAAUUCAGAGAUAUAUCAAGAAUAUGAUAAAUCAGAAAAACAUCUAGAUAAAAAACAUGCUCCACCACCAGGUUUUCAUAGAAUGGUUGAAGGUAAUAUUGGAGAAAGUUUUCAAAAAUCUAGACCUCCAAAAAAUAUCCAAAAAAAUGAAGAACGUCUGAGGCGACAUUCAAUAGAUUCUGAUUCAUCAUUACCUAUGACAAGUACUAUGUCUGAAGAUGGUCAUAAAAAUUUAAAAAGGGUUGUGCAACAAAAAAAGUAUUCCAAAAAUAUUGAUCGCCACCAAAUUCGAGAUAAAAGAUCAUAUAGACAUCCUAGAGAAAGUGAAGAAGACUAUAAUUUUUAUGAAGAAGAAGAAGAUAAUGUUUCUUUAAGUCCCCCAGAAUUAGAUUCAGAUUACAGAUUAUAUCUUCGCAACCAAAAUUCAAAACGUCACAGACUUCGAAAACCUCAUGAAAAUUAUGAACAUAUGGACAUGGAAUACUUAAGUGAAUAUGAUGACUACGACGAAUAUGAAAGAAGGAGACGUUAUAGGUCUAAAUAUUUAUUAAAGAAUGACAUUGGCAAAAACUUAAGAAGUCCAGAAUCUGAUCGUUAUAGAAGACCUCCAAUACGACAUCACCGGGAUAGAAGAUAUCCAGAAGAUAUGAGUCAUUAUUAUAGAAGGGAGGAUAUUAAUUACAAAAGGCCACCUAGUAGAACAGAUUCUGAUUAUCAUAGAAGAUAUUCACCUGUACCAUUUCAAGAUUACUCAACUCAUAUAGAAAUGCUUGAUCCCUAUGAAAGAAAAAAUUUCUUGUUGAAAUUUAGAGAAACUAAUCCUAAAGCUUAUACAGAGUGGUAUGCAAAUUAUAAAACCAAAGUAGAGAUGCAAAAAUUAAUCUCACGAACAAAAAAUGGUUCAGAAUGUAGUACACCUAUAUCUCAACCACAUGUACAUGAUGUAGCUUCUUUAACUCUGGAGCAAGAGAAACAAAGAGAAAUUCAUCGUACUACACCACCUAGAUAUCCAAAAUAUCACAUUAAUGCAAAAAUGAAUAAGACUAUUGGAAAACUGAUCAUGCUGGAUUCAUCUAAUUCAACUUUAGAAGUUUUUAAAGUCUCACCUGAUUUAGACAACAAAGAAGCUAUUGAACUUUUUAAAUUUCCUUCUCCUUUUGUUAUAGGUAAAACACAUAAAAAUGUUGUUGCACAAUAUUUAAAUCGAUUAGUAGAUGAGGCAUCAAAUAAUUCUGAAAGAUUGUUGUAUGAAUUAAUUUGUAUGAUAACUAAAAGAAGUGGAUCAGUUGAUGGAACAGAUGUAUCUGAAUUGUUAAUGGAAAAUGUUGCUAAAUAUCCAUCUAACGGUGUUUUAUUAGAUAGUAUAAGUUCUAAAAAUGAUAAAGAAUUAACAAAUGAACCUUUAACAAGUUUUAGAGAUUUUUUACUACAAGGAAAUACAUCAGAAGCACUAGAAUUUGCUUUACAAAGUCAAAACUGGGGAUUAGCUUUUGUCCUAAGUUCAUUUACAGACUUAAAAACUUUUAACUAUGUUAAGUCUAAAUUCUUCCAAACAAUACCUCUAAAUGACACAUUACAGACAUUUUUCCAGCUGAAUAGUGGAAAAAUACCAUCAUGCGUAACUUGCUGUUCAGACAACUCAUGGGGUGAUUGGAGAGAACAUUUAGCAAUGAUUCUAAGUAACCAACAUGUGAAUUUGAAUAAUGCUUAUAAUGCUGUAUUACAACUUGGGGAUACUUUAGGAACUAAAGGUGAUCUAUUUGGUGCUCAGUUUUGUUAUAUAACUUCUCAUAUGCCAAUUGAACCUGGAAUGCCAUCCAAAUUUACUCUUUUAGGCACAAAUUCUAAUCAACCAUUUAAUACUAUGGUUUCAAAUCGUGCCAUAUUGAUAACUAGUGCAUAUGAAUUUGCAAUUAGAUUAAACCAAAAUCAUUUUUAUAUUCCUAGCCUUUUGCCCUAUAAAUAUUUACUAGCAGUACGAUUAGCUGAAUAUGGUGAAGGUGAAUAUGCACUGCAACAUUUAGAAGCUAUUGCAACACAAAUAAUUGUAUCACCCAGCUCUGUAUAUUCAGGAUUUAUAUCAAAUGUUGUAGAUUUAAGUACAGACUUGCAUUAUUUGCUAACGUCAAAUUUAAAUAUAGCAGGUGUAAUAGAUACAUUAGACUGGUUAGAAGAAUUGAAACUCAUUUUAUCAGAAUUAAGAAAAGAAUAUAACUCUGUUAAUGAUUAUAUACAGACACCACAUGUUGAUCAACAAAAAAACCCUACACCUAUUAUCAAUGAACCAACUGUAGAACAUCAAUCUUUACCAGAUACUAAAAUUGAUUAUUCUAUAAGUUAUCAAGCACCUGUCAUCCAAGAUCCUCCAAAUGUUCAACAACCUUCAUCAGUUAAUCCAUAUUGGCAGCCUAGUUCUAUUUCUCAACCCUUAGUUGAACCAUCUCCACAAGCUGAAUUAACAAAUUAUUAUGACCCUUCAUCUAUGUUGGGAGAUGUAAAUAUUCAUAGUAACCAGAAUGAAAUGACAUCUGAAAUUUCAACCAUAUCUCCUGAUAUGACAUUGACUGCUCCUGUUGAACCAGAAAAUAUUAUUUCAACUGAAUCAAAGUUUGGAUUUUUCGACAGACAAAUGGCUGAGUUAGAACCUAAGGUUCCAAACAAUAAUGAAAAUAAACCUUCAAUUAAAAAAGAUAAUGAUAAUAGAAGACAGCAAAAAGAUAAGAAUUCAUGGCUUGGAGGAUUAACUAAAUUUUGGAAGCCUUCCAAUAAUACUGAUCAGUCUAUUGGAAACAGCAUUGGUAGUGAUGCAACAUCUCAACAAGCAGCUCCACCUAUGGAUUCAGAGUUAAAUUUUAAUCCAGUAGCUAAUAGUUCACCAGCUACCCAAAACCAGAAUCAGUUUAAAAUUCAACGUAAACGAGGUGCAAAAGAUAUGUAUGUAAAUGUAAUGAACAAUACUAAACAAAUGGAAAAUAUAACCCCAGAUUCAAUUUUUCAAAUGAAUCAAUCUACAGCUGUUUACAAUCCGUCUCAGUGAUUACAAAACUAGUUGAUUUUAAUUAUUCAGUAAAUUUUAACUAUUACUCAUUAAAAGACAUGUAGAAGUUGAUAAAAUAAUAUUAAAAUUUGGUGGUUUUAUUAAAUUUAAUUACAAUACAGAAUUUGUUGUGACAUAAAAUUUGUAUACAACAUAAAUAUUUAAUUGUGAUAUUAUGCAGUAUAUCAUAUCUGGUUUUAUUAUACUUAAAUAUUUCAAAUUUACUUCAAAUUAGUCCAUUUAUUCCCAUACAUAAAUAAUAGUAGUUUUACAAUAAUUAAACCAUGUAUAAUUAUUUUC